UUUGUGCAUUUGUUUACGAUUUUGAUUUUUGAUUUUUGGUUUUUGUUGACGGUUUGUUGCUGUUGUACGUAAACAACACUUGAAGCAGUAAACGAAUGGUUUGUGAUAUGUGCAAGUGGCAAAACAAGUAAAACCUCUGAAGCAGAGUUCAAAAGCCGAUAUGGAAAUUAUUGCGAGACUUGCAUUGCAGGCAAACAGACGCGUUUUCACGAUCGCAAUUGCAAAAAUGUCAAGCUGCGCGGACACAUCCAUUCAUUCGGCCACCAUAGCGGAAGUACACAAUGUGCCUUUAAGUGUGAUACAUCGCCCGAUACCACCUGUUUUGGAUGAAAAGAAAGUACAAUCUCUCAUCGAAGCAAUCAAGAAUGAAAAAAAUGAUGAUGAUGUGCCACCAAUCGACGUGCUUUGGUUGAAGGGCAGUGAAGGUGGCGAUUACUUUUACAGUUUUGGCGGUUGUCAUCGUUUUGAAGCAUACAAACGUCUGAAGCGUGAUACGAUCAAAGCGAAAUUGGUACAUUCCACAUUGACGGAUUUGUAUCAUUACAUGGGCUCCAGCACACCCAAGGAACUGAAAUAACUACAUUUACACAAAAAUUUCCUGUUUUUCACUGCGUUUGUGUUUUAAGAAGAAAAAAAACAAAAAAAUGAAUAAAUACUUAGCAAAUAAUUAUA